AUGAUUCCUGCCAUCUUCCUAUCCUUACCCGACCUCAGAUGCUCCCUGCUUCUCCUGGUAACUUGGGUUUUUACUCCUGUAACAGCUGAAAUAACAAGUCUCGAUACAGAGAAUAUAGAUGACAUUUUAAACAAUGCUGAUGUUGCUUUAGUAAAUUUUUAUGCUGAUUGGUGUCGUUUCAGCCAGAUGUUGCACCCGAUCUUUGAGGAAGCCUCAAAUGUCAUCAAGGAAGAGUACCCAGAUGCAAACCAGGUGGUCUUUGCCAGAGUUGACUGUGAUCAGCACUCUGAUAUAGCCCAGAGAUAUAGGAUUAGCAAAUACCCAACCCUCAAGUUGUUUCGUAAUGGGAUGAUGAUGAAGAGAGAAUAUAGGGGUCAGCGAUCAGUGAAAGCACUUGCAGAUUACAUCAGGCAACAAAAAAGUGACCCCAUUCAGGAACUUCAUAUCUUGGCAGAAACCACCACUCUUGACCGCAGCAAAAGAAAUAUCAUUGGAUAUUUUGAGCAGAAGGAUUCAGAAAACUAUAGAGUUUUUGAAAGAGUAGCAAAUAUUUUGCAUGAUGAUUGUGCCUUCCUAGCCGCCUUUGGAGCUGUCUCAAAACCGGAAAGAUACAGUGGAGACAACAUAAUCUAUAAACCACCGGGGCAUUCUGCUCCAGAUAUGGUGUACUUGGGAUCUAUGACAAAUUUUGAUGGGACUUACAACUGGAUUCAAGAUAAAUGCGUUCCUCUUGUCAGAGAAAUAACAUUUGAAAAUGGAGAGGAACUGACAGAAGAAGGACUGCCUUUUCUGAUACUGUUCCACAUGAAAGAAGAUACGGAAAGUUUAGAAAUAUUCCAGAAUGAAGUAGCCCGACAAUUAAUAAGUGAAAAAGGUACAAUAAACUUUUUACAUGCUGACUGUGACAAAUUCAGACAUCCUCUUCUGCACAUACAGAAAACUCCAGCAGAUUGCCCUGUAAUAGCUAUCGACAGCUUUAGGCAUAUGUAUGUGUUUGGAGACUUCAGGGAUGUAUUAAUUCCUGGAAAACUCAAGCAGUUUGUAUUUGACUUACAUUCUGGAAAACUACACAGAGAAUUCCAUCAUGGUCCUGACCCAACUGAUACAGCCCCAGGAGAGGAAGUCCAGGAUGUGGCAAGCAGUCCACCUGAGAGCUCCUUCCAGAAACUAGCGCCCAGUGAAUAUAGGUAUACUCUGUUGAGGGAUCGAGACGAGCUUUAA